AUGUAAAAUCCUACAAUUGGUCAAUCAUUUGAUUUUAAUAGAAUCUUUAUUUAUCAAAUUAUAGUAAUUUCUUUUAAAAAAUAAUAAUAAUAAAAUUUGCAUCAAAAUCUAAUCAUCAAAUAACCUAUGAGCGAGGUUUAAUUAAAGAAAGAAAUAAGCGAUUUAAAAAGCCAGGUUGAUAAAUUAAAAAUAGAAAAUGACCAUCUACAUAUGAAAAAUCUUGACCUAGAAGAUAAGGUGGAUGACUUACAGCAAAUGAGUAAAAAAAUUUUAAAAGAUAAGAACGAAGAAAUAGAAAAAAUCAAAGCUAGUCUAAUGGAAUUUUAGCUUUUAAAUGCUAAUUUGGAAAAAGAAAAUUUUGAGCUGAAGUAACAAAUUGAACUUGAAGAAUAGAAAACUUUGACCAGUCAAUAUUCAGAAAGACCCCAAUUAUCCGAAAUCCCUAAUAAAAUGUAUGAAGACUACUAGUAAAACAAAUAAAAACAAAAGUCUGUCUCAUUUUAAGAUCAAAAAGGAGCAAGUAAUGCCAAUUAAGUAACUAAUUAAGUUAAUUAAGAAAAUGAAAAAAAUACCAUGGCUAAAUAAAAUAAACCUGAAAAAUUGGAUUCAGAGCGAAUUGAAAUGAUUAACGAAGAACUUGUAAGAAGAAACAGCAAAUUAAUGUCUAUAGUUGAAUAAAAUAAUGAAGUUUAUGACACUACUCAAUAAAUUCUGGUUGAUCUAAAUUUAUAAAUAUCUGGUUUACUUAAUGAGAAAGCUGAGUUGUUAUCUCAAGUUGCAGAUUUGGAGGACGUGGUUGACGAGUAGCAAGGCCAGCUCAUGCUUUUAAUAUCUGAGAAUAAAGAAUUAAUUGAGAGGUUGGACUUAGCAAAUUAAAAUUCUGCUAAUAAAGGAAAUAAUUUUACUAAUUCAACUUAAGCUACUGUAGCAGAAUUCAUAAAUAAUUUAUAGCAAGAAGAGAAUAACGAAACUAUAGUAUGGAAUUCAUAGUCUAAAAGAAGAAGUGAAAGAUAGGAGCAAGAAAGAAGAAAUGGAAAUGAUAACUUAGGAAAUUUAUGCAAAUCAGAGAACUUUCAAGUAAUUUAUGAGGAAUGCAAUGACCAAAGAGGUAGCAAAAACAAUAAAGCAGCUUAAGAUGAUAUGCUAAUCAUUGAAUAUUAAGAUAAUUCCUAAUAAAAAAAUGUUCAAUACUCCCCUUUGCAAAAGACUGAGAAGAACAACUUUAGUAAUGAUUAGGAAGGUCUCAAUAAAGCACUCAGUUUAUAAAUUUAAGAAUUAACAUAAAAGUUACAAAUCGUCUCUCAAAAACUAUCUGAAUCUGAGACAUCUAACCAAAAAUCUUCAAUGCAAACCGAUAAUUUAAUUGAGGAAUUAAAAAAGUAAAUUCAGGUAAAAGAGGAAGAAAUAAACAAAUUACAAUAACAGUUAAAAAUGAUGGAGGAAAAGAUAUUUUUUAUGGAAGAAGAAAUAGAGUUAUAAAAAAUGGAAUUUGACACAACAGUUGACGAGCUUUAUUCUCAGUAUGAAUAAAAACUAUAAUAGCUUAGAGGAAAUCAUGAUAUUCCAAUGCUUAUUACCUUAAACUGA